AUGUUACAACUCGUGACCACUCUAAUUCUUCUACUCCUUAGUCUAGCCGAUCCUUCCUCGGACGCGCUUUGUCUGACAACUCUUGUUGCAAAUACAAAUGGAACAGAUACGUGGUUUAAUAGGACGGAUUGGAGCACCAGCAUAGAUGCUCAGACCAUGUGUAUGCUUCCGGGGGUCGUCUGUGACGCGUCUGGCCAGGUUAGACAGCUCCACCUCCCUGGAAACGGCAUCAUAGCCCCCGAUUUCAAGCACUCUCUUCCACCGUGCAUUGGAAGCAUGGACGGACUAGAGUACUUGAAUCUCACCGGAAAUGCGCUCAAGGGCCAAAUAGCUGACCUUCCUGCGCGUAUAAAAGUAGUCGACUUGACCAGGAACAGUUUCACUAAGCUUCCCUCCAACAUAUGCAAUUUGGCUAACACCCUCGAGAUAUUCCUUGUGGCAAAUAACCCACUGACAGACGGAGUAAUCCCUGAGUGUACCAUGAGCAUCCCAUCUAUAGACUUUGGCCGCACCCAGCUUUCCUUUCCGGCUGGGAAGAGCUCCCUGACAAUCGGUGCUGACACAAAGUGCUUUGGUCUUGCUGAUAUUUCUGCUCCUGGUGUUUCUCUUGUGCUUCCAACCGAGACUGCAAAUCGGCUCACUUAUUUGGACCUGUCGAACAUGGGCCUGUCAGGCACACUUACCACUGACAAUUUUAAGGCUCUACUCAUGGGGACUGACGUUAUGCUAGGAUACAAUCAACUUGAAGGAGAACUGGAUCUAAAGGCAGUGUCAGAGGGCAUACAGACUCAGGGAUAUUCGAAGAUAAGGCUGUUGGAUUUAUCCAACAACAACUUCAAGGGCCUCAUGGAAGGGGUGCAAGAGCUAGAGUCUCUUCUUCCUAAGUUCGGCCCCGAUAUCUCUGUAAUUGAUAUCUCCAACAAUGCACUCGUUGGUAUUGCACCCAAACUUAAUGAGAUUGCCAACUUUCGUGAGAGAUUUCCGCAUUUGAUAGGCAUCAGAGCUAGCGGAAAUAACUUUUUCUGUACCAAGGGUGUCUAUGGAGUACAGGAGUCCAAGAUGUCAGCUCCUGAUGGUAGUAGCGAUUGUACUCUGCUAUUAACUACGGGAGCCACCGUUAAGGAAGUGAUAAUUCCGGCAGACUAUUCUGACCCCGAGAAUCCUAUCGAGGAACAGCGCUACUAUGAAGUCAGCCUCGUGCUGCGGUCAGGGUCUGCCACCAAGCCCUUGGACAUCUCCAAGUUUGGAAGCACAGACUUCAGCUUUGGAAUAUACGAUAGCGACCCCCAGACAUCUGUUAUGAUCAUCGAGGGAGUUGGGUUGCAGGCUGACGUCUCAGACCCGGUGGUCUUUACAACCUCAGGCCGAACUACAACGGACGAAGCCUAUGCAGCAAUCAAGAAGUACGUUAACCUCAUUGACGAUCAAGGGAGCAUCCCACCGAGCGUGAUUACAGCGUUUUGGAAGACGCACGCGUUAGAGACCCACUUCGCGCUGAGUGGACCUGAGGUUCCUGCUGAGCAUGAAGUGUACAGGACAAAGAAUAGCUCGGAUACCUUUUUGGGGACGAUCUACUUGACAGGCAGCGGGGAAAGCGAGGAGCUCCACGAAGUUAUAACACAGAUUCUAACGCCGAUGUUUGCCAAGUUCCCGAAGGUGCGCCGUUACUUUUCUGUCUCCUUCACGAGCACAGUCGAGCCGUAUCAGUACAAUACGUUAAAAGGUUAUUCUCUCGUUUCCCCUGCGUCGGCUCUUGCCGACACAUAUAUCGGGUGCUUCUCGUACUAUACAGACUAUAAUCUCACAAGGCUUAAUGACCUUAUGGAGUGCAUGCAUCCAAACGGCAGAUUUGACCAAUUGCCGUACAUCCUCGAAACGUGUACGGAACAGCUCCUAGUCGGAAGAUACGGCCUUUCUACAGCAAAGCUCAAUGCCUUUAAUCGCUGCUAUCAUGAGACCCGCGGAGUUUACCAGUCUCGCCUUGACAUUUAUAACAAUGAUGUCAAGACGCGUGGCGUGGGCAGCACCACGGUCAUGCGUCUAGGUGAGGACGUCUUCUGUGUUCCUCGUAACUCUUAUUGUCAGUUCACCUACGACACUACCAAUUUGACUGAAACCGCAUACCAGUUUGUUUGGUCCGCCUGUGACCAGCUGCGCAGUCAGCUGGGAGAGGCAUCAACGCUUGGUUGUCCCAAGUAUGGCGAAUAUGAGCCAGAGACCCCGCCGGAGCCGAACCCAGACCCUGAGCCUAGCCCCGAUCCAGAUCCCAGUCCAGAGCCGGACCCAAGUACCAACGAGUCGUCCAUCAACGUUGGCAUGACCACUGGAAUUAUCGCCGGUGGUGUCCUAGUGGCUGUUUUGAUCGUGGUUAUUCCUAUAAUAGUCUCAAAGCGUAGGAGGCCCAGAGCCUCUACGGAGUCCGAGGCUGCGCCAUUGACUGGACACGACUAUGCCUAG